UGUGCCCAAGGAGGUUGUGAUGGGUUGACAGGUGCGUGACAAUCGGAGCUCUCUGCAAGCAUGUACGCCAAAGGCAAGAGUAGCAACGUGCCGUCCGACAGCCAAGCCAGAGAAAAGCUAGCGUUGUACGUGUACGAGUACCUGCUGCACGUCGGAGCCCAGAAGUCAGCACAGACUUUCCUCUCAGAGAUCCGAUGGGAGAAGAACAUCACAUUAGGAGAACCUCCAGGGUUUCUCCACUCUUGGUGGUGUGUUUUCUGGGACCUAUACUGCGCAGCCCCAGAGAGAAGAGACACAUGUGAGCACUCCAGCGAGGCCAAGGCCUUCCAUGACUACAGUGCAGCAGCAGCCCCCAGUCCCGUACUCGGGAACCUCCCCCCAGGAGAUGGCAUGUCCGUGGGUCCGGUCCCACCAGGAUUUUUUCAGCCUUUUAUGUCCCCUCGUUACCCGGGAGGACCCAGACCACCCCUCAGAUUACCGAAUCAGGGGCUUGGUGGUGUGCCAGGAAGUCAGCCAAUGUUGCCCAGUGGCAUGGACCCCACAAGACAGCAAGGUCACCCGAAUAUGGGGGGGCCAAUGCAGCGGAUGACGCCACCUAGGGGCAUGGUGCCACUCGGGCCGCAGAGCUAUGGAGGAGGGAUGAGGCCGCCACUGAAUGCACUAGUUGGGCCUGGGAUGCCGGGCAUCAACAUGGGGCCGGGAGGUGGGAGACCCUGGCCAAAUCCUCCAAAUUCAAACUCUACUCCUUAUUCGUCUGCAUCUCCAGGCAGUUAUGUGGGACCUCCAGGAGGAGGGGGACCACCCGGUACCCCAAUCAUGCCAAGUCCAGCAGAUUCAACCAACUCCGGAGACAACAUGUACACUAUGAUCAGCACAGGUCCCCCAGGUGGCAGUCGACCAAAUUUCCCUAUGGGUGCAGGAGGUGACGGCCCAUUAGGGGGAAUGGCUGGAAUGGAGCCUCAUCACAUGAAUGGAUCAUUAGGGUCUGGCGAUAUGGACAGUCUCCCAAAGAACUCGCCAGGUAAUCUGAGUAUGAGUAACCAGCCAGGAACCCCCAGAGAGGAUGGCGAGAUGACCGGAAACUUCCUCAAUCCUUUUCAGAGUGAAAGUUAUUCUCCAAACAUGACCAUGAGCGUGUGAAGACGAGGCCAGCAGCCCGUCAGCUUACCUGCUGCCAGCCUUUGACAAAAAGCAACGGAUCACAUCUGAUGUCACGUCGGCCCGUGGCUCCUCCUCCUCGCCCUUGACCUCCCCAAUCAGGGGGUGGGGGGGGCUUUGUCCUAACGCUACCCCACUUAUCCCCUGAUGUUUGUCUCAUCUAACUUGCCCCAUUCCAAAUAACCACUUUGGCCACACGUCGAUUCCCCUUCUGCAACUAUGCGACUGUACAAAGGAAACAAUAGAGACACACGAAGGAAAAUCUGAGGAUGUUUGAGCGCGGACUUUUCCUGCCCCGCAGAAACUACAGCCAGCAUCCUAUUUAUUUUCAAGUUUAAAGGCAGUUCACAUGGUUAACGCUUCUGUAACUGAUUGACACCAUGGACUUUUUUUUUUUUUGGUAACUUUUUUAACAAGCGUAUCUCAUAAGAGAAUUAAGGACACCUUGCCUUGACGUUUAUUUGAUUGGCUGCAGAUUUUUAUGUUUUCUUUUCGCCAUUUGUUUGUCCAUCCAGUCACACUAUGUACUUCAAAACAUAACAUACUAAUAUAUAUGUGUUUUCAUUUCUAACUCUAAAAAGAAGCCCGUGUUUAAGAUAAACAGAAUUCGAUUGUGGCUUUUCUUUCAUCAGUAAUUCUUUUUUGUUUAAUGUGGCCCCUGUCGUGUGUUCUCUGAACUUUGAUGCCAAAUAAUCAACAAUAUUCAGUACAAGUUGCUCAAUGGGUGCAACUGCACGCGUGCAUUCCAGUUGGCUAUUUGCUUUGGGUUCCCACAUUGGAAUUAUUCACAGAUAUGAGACAACGCAAAAAGAUUUCGCAAUGAAAACUUCAACUCAUCAUCCGAUCAAACUGUGACAUCAGUGUGGACGAAAAGGCUGGGUUGGUACAGAACGUGGGAUUGUUUCUAAUACAUGUUUUGUUUUUUUUAUGUUUUAUUUAUGGUGUACAAAAGAUCCACAUGCCUGUGAACAUCCUCCCUCUGCAUUCCUAACUGCAAAGUGUACAGCCCACAAAUGUAGCUCCCUGUCUUGUAUGUGUAUUUGAUAUUAUGAUUCAGAUUAUUUAAUGAAAAUUCUUACUGCUAUUGGAAAAGCUGGACUGAUGAUGAUGAUGAUGAUGCAAUGUGACAAACUUAACAGAGAUGAGUUUAUUUGUGUGUGUGUGUUUUUUUUAAAUAAGUUUGAAGCCAUAAGGUGCGGGUACAAGAUGGCACAUUUGUAAAUCGGACCAUGUUUGGUGGCAGUACGUUGAACUCCAUUUGUGAUGUGUUCACUUCUUUUUUUAUUCUUGUAUUCAGUUUUUGUAAAUAUACAGAGAAGUAUUUCAUGGUUUUGAAUAUGCUGUUAUAAAGCUUCUCUUCCCUCA